CCGCAUGCAGGAUGCCACCUCCCCUGAAGAUUCGAAACGACGGCCCCCCAAAAGUGAGGAGGCUGAGAGGCAUGUGAGAGUCUGCACGUAGUCCUUUUGGGUCUUGGCUUGUCCACCCACAAGAAAGAAGCAGAUGUCCAACGGUCCGUCAGGACAUCUCGUCAGAUAGGACCACCAAAACCACUCUUGACUUUCUUCAUCUACCUUCGCUCUUCUGACUGCACCACCGAGCCUACCGAACACUAGGACACUUUUUCUUUUCUACAGCCACGAUGCAUUUUAUCAGGAAGCUGCUGCCAUGUUGGUGUUUCCUGUUGCUGAGCUGUCGGCCGUCGCUCUCAGCCCACGACUUUUUCACCUCUAUAGGCCAAAUGACAGAUCUAUUGUUUACCGAGAAGGACCUCGUCACUUCCCUCAAGGACUACAUCCAAGCUGAGGAGGACAAGUUGGAGCGGGUCAAAAAGUGGGCUGAUAAAUUGGAAUCUUUGACGGCCACAGCGACACAAGACCCUGAGGGCUUCCUGGGGCACCCAGUCAAUGCCUUCAAGCUGAUGAAGAGGCUCAACACUGAGUGGGGGGAUCUGGAGAGCCUUGUCCUCAGCGACACCACAGAUGGUUUUAUUUCCAACCUGACCAUCCAGAGGCGGUACUUCCCUACGGAUGAUGAUCAGACUGGUGCGGCCAAAGCUCUCCUCCGUUUGCAAGACACUUACAAACUGGAUGCCAACACCAUCUCCACAGGAAACCUACCUGGAGCAAAGCACAAGACUCUUAUGACGGCGGAGGACUGUUACGAGCUGGGAAAGAUCGCCUACACUGAUGUUGACUACUACCACACAGAGCUGUGGAUGACACAGGCCCUGAAGCAGCUGGACGAUGGAGAGGAGUCCACUGUGGAUAAGGUGACCGUGUUGGACUACCUCAGUUAUGCCAUCUACCAGCAAGGGGAGUUGGAGCGUGCCCUGGAGUACACCAAGAGGCUCCUUGCACUCGAUCCAGAACAUCAGCGGGCCAAAGGCAAUGUGAAGUACUUUGAGUUCCAGCUGGAGAAGCAGAAAAAGGCAAAGCAAGAGGACACUGCGACGGAGAAGGAGCCUGAGAAAAAAGAGACACCAGUCAAGAAGACGACAAAGGAGAAGAAGCAGAAGAAGGACAGGAAUACCUUCACUCUGAUGCCUGAGAGGAAGAAGUACGAAAUGCUUUGUCGCGGGGAGGGCAUCAAAAUGACUCCCCGUAAGGAAAGCCGACUUUUCUGCCGUUACUAUGACAGCAAUCGCAACCCCUUCUAUCUGCUGGGACCGGUCAAGCAGCAAGAUGAGUGGGACAGUCCGUACAUCGUCCGCUUCCUCAACAUCAUCUCCGACAAAGAAAUUGAGAAGGUCAAAGAGCUGGCGAAGCCAAGGUUAAGGCGAGCCACGGUGCAUGACCCCCAAACUGGAAAGCUUACUACAGCCCUAUACAGAGUCUCCAAGAGCGCUUGGCUCACAGCCUACGAAGAUCCAAUGAUUGAAAGGAUUAACCAGAGGAUCGAGGAUCUCACAGGCUUGGAAAUGGAUACAGCAGAAGAGCUGCAGGUUGCGAACUAUGGUGUUGGUGGUCAGUACGAGCCUCACUUUGAUUUUGGAAGGAAAGACGAGCCAGAUGCCUUCAAAGAGCUGGGAACAGGCAACCGCAUAGCAACGUGGCUUUUCUAUAUGAGUGACGUGGCAGCAGGCGGCGCCACAGUAUUCCCAGAUGUCGGCGCGUCAAUUAGACCCCAAAAGGGUUCUGCAGUGUUCUGGUACAAUCUCUUUCCCAGUGGGGAGGGCGACUACAGCACACGACAUGCAGCUUGUCCUGUGUUGGUCGGCAACAAAUGGGUAUCCAAUAAAUGGAUUCAUGAACGAGGCCAAGAGUGGCGGCGACCAUGCGGUCUAAAUGAGACUGACUGAAGCAAAAACAACACCCCCCAGGCCCUUCACCUCUUCACCCGGCCCAGAGCACCCUGCCACGGAUCACAGAUGACACAUCAUGGAUGCUUGGGGUCCAAAUGUCUCACUUCCUCCUAGCUCAAACUCCCUUUAUUUCCUCCAAGUCAUAAUACUCAGAGCCCAAGAGAUUGUUUUGAAUCAGAACAGUGUUGGUGUUGCUGCAGAUAGACAGAUCCCUGAUUGCCAGAUUGUGCCUUUUUCACUCCCUUGUGUUUAUCAUUGCACUCCGUUUGACCUCCUGUUCUGUGGCUAUGCUUAAGUAGGAGAAAACACUCCCCCCUUCCCUUCACCCCCACCACUCCUGCUGGUUGGCAUUCUUAAAAAGCCUGGCUCUUUCACUCCUUUACACACCUCUCAAGUUUACACUAUUUCAUUGCAGGACAAUUUGCAAACCGAGUGCCACAAGCUCACAGCACAUUAUACACAAGUUGGUCUUCAGAUUGCAGGGACAGCAUGAAAUAAAGAAUAGUUUGUCAUGUUUGCAAUGAAAAAGCAAUUUUAAGCAUAAUGGCUGUCUUUUAAGCAGCAUGAUGGUUGAGCAGUUAGCACAUCUGCCUCACAAUUCUGAGGUUGGGGGUUUGAAUCUCAGGUUUGGUAUUCUUGUGUGUUGGCAUUUUCUCCCCGUGCUGCUGUUGUUUAUUUUUGCAGGUACUCCCGCUUCCUCCCACAUCCCCGAAAAUAUGCAAUGAAGAUUCUAAAUUGCCCUAAGGUUUCAGGGAAUGGUUGGUUGUCUAUAUACGAAAUGUGUCAGAAAGGUUCCAGUACUGGUGUCACAAAAGAUGUAUUUCAAACCCUUCAUUGUGGGCCAGACGAUCCACCAGCACAUCUACAAAGAGAUCCUGUGCCCUUUGCCUCACGAUGGCACGAGCAUCUGACAGUUCCUGGCCGUACGGGAGCAACGCCCUUACUUACCUGGGCUGUCUCUUAAAUAAACAUAUCCAGUUGAAAACAACCAACAUAAAGUCAAGAGUUUGAUGAUGUCAAAUUCAAAGACGCUCCCAGUAGGUUUUGGUGUUUUGUUUUGCGAGGAAGAAUCAUUUUAUUUAUAUGACCCAAAACAUGUGUUAUUGUUAUGACAGUCGUCAUGUGUUAUAUUUUUUAAAGACAUUAAAAGCUGUUUUUAUGAAGUUG